AUGGACAAGGCAAUUAAAACUUUGGUCGUAGAGGGUGCUAAAUACACAGCAAACAGUGACCUAGCAAAUGCGUCGAAAUGCUAUGCGGAACUACUGGAUUUGGAGUCCAAGACAGCUGGUAAUGCCAUUAAUCCCGAUCAUGUCAUGCUAUUGGCAAGCUGUCUUUACCAGCUAGGUGUAGAGAAGAAUGAUAUGUUUGGAGGGGGUAUGGACGAUUCAGAAGGUGAGGAUGACGAUGGUCAAAAUGAGGACUGGGUAAGUGACGAUGGACAAGACGACGAAGAUGCUGACAAUAAAGAUACAGAGGGAAAAACUGACCUAAAUUCGACAUUGUAUCAGUUUGAUCAAGAAGAAGAGGACGAGGAUCCGACUGAUGGUGAAGAUGGUGAUGAACAAGCUGCCAUCGAUGAAGAAGUGUAUGAUGGAGAAAGUGAACUAGAACAAGACAACAGCGACAAUGAAAAUCAUGACCCGGAAGAUGAUAUUGACGAAGAGGGUCUGAUAAGUUACGUUGACUACUUAGAAGGUGACCACUUCCAAAAUACACUGGAAUUAUUACAAGUUGCACGUAUCAUAUAUAUGGAAAACUGUGACACUGGAAACGUUGAUUCGGUGACAAAAUUGAAGUUAUCCGCUAUAUAUGACUUGUUAGGUGAUGUCGAUCAAGAAGUAGAAGAUUUUGCUACUGCAGUGGAGGAUUACAAACAGGCUAUCGACUACAUAAAAGAAACGGAUGAAUUUGAGAAUGAGAAUGAACGUGAGAGUAAAAUCCUGACUACAUCGUUAAAAUUGAUUGAAGCAUUAAGAUGGCUAACAGACUAUUCAGCAUUUACGAAAGAUAAACAUAAGGAAAUAUUAAAUUCAACACAAAUAUUAUUGAAAAAGAGAAUUGACACUGGAUCAUCGAUGGAUAAAGAAGAUGAUGAACAACAGUUGAAACAAAUCGAAAACGAUAUAGAAGAUUUAGACGAUGAAAAUGCAGGCAGUAAGAAAAGAAAAUUAGAAGAAUCGAUCGAUACAGAGGCAUUGAAGAAGAUUAUCUUACAGAAAGCUAUGGGUUUUGAUUUCGCAUCCUCAGAAGAAUCUGCCAAAAACGUAAACGAUCUAUCGUCAAUGGUCUUCAAGAAAAAGAAAGGCAAGAAGUAA